AUGUUCUCAUCGCUCGCGUCGUCUUCGGUUCUUUCGCUCGCGACCGCCCCGAACGUCGGGGGAGGUCGUCGUCUCCGGCCCGCCCGCGGGUUCGCGCGCGAUACGCCGUUUCCGAUCCGCGGCGCGACGCUUCUCGUCCCGUCCGAUGUUUCUCGCCUCGUCCUCGCCCGAGCCUCCGACGUCCGCGAGGGGGAUUACGCCUCCGAGGAUUCCUACGACGGGGACGACGACGGCGCGUGGGAGGGGAUGAGCUCCAGUCGGAACCGAAGCGCGACGGUCAUUCGCACCGCGGGUCGCGACGACAUGUACCUGGAGGUGGACCUCCCCGCCCAUAACAUGGGAAUAACCUUCACCUGCGGACCCGACGCCACGAUAGCGAUGGUCGAGAAGGUGCGGCAGGACAGCGCCGCGGAGCAGGCGGGCAUCGAAAUCGGUGACAUCCUCUUCUCCUGCUCCGCCGUCGAGCUCACCGGCUCCGAUACUCCCGUGGUCGUCGGGGACUCGGAGGGAACCGACACGCACUGGAGGCGGAUCGACAACUUCAGGUGCCUCGGCCAGCCGUUCGACGUCCAGAUGGCCGCGUUCAACUCGACCGCCAUCGUCGACGCGGGGUUCAAGCACAGGAUCGUCCGCGCGAUAUUCAGGCGGGACGUCAACCCCGACGGGCGAUCGAGGGCCAGUCGCCUCGACGAGAUGCUCGGCGAUGAGAAAGCCGCGACUGAUGACCCGACGGAAAAAGACGCCGAGACGUCCGUGGCCAAACUCGUGAGCGAGUCCUGGAAAGACAUCGUCUCCGCGGUCACGAUUGAGGGAUUCGGCGAACUCUUGUUCAAGUCGCUGUUCCGACACGAUUGGGAUCUGGUCCGGCUCUUUCCGUUCAGGGACUGCGAGAGCUGGGAGGAGGUGAGGGCGCACCCAAAGUUUCAGUCUCACGCCGUCAACGUAGCCGGCGCAAUCGACAAAGCCGUGUCCCUGCUCGGGAACUCGUCCGAGCUGGUGCCCGUGCUCCGGGGGCUGGGAGAGAGGCACCACGGCUACGGCGUCGAGGAGGAGCACUACGACCUCCUGGGCUCGGCGCUGCUCGAGGCUCUCGAGGAAGGCACCGCGCUCUCGGGGGUAUCCCCGGGGGGCAGGGGUUGGACGCGGGAGCUCGGCGACGCGUGGACCGAAACUUGGGCAACCGUCGCCGCGACCAUGAAGGGCGAUCUGUACGGAACCAGCCCGAGGUGA